AUGGGAGCGUUCAAGUUGACCAAGUGGAUGUCUAACAGUCGUCAAGCAAUCGAUUGCAUCCCGGUUGAUGAUCGGUCACCGUGUCUCCGUGAUUUGUGGAGAAGUCCAUUACCAACAGAUAGAGCAUUUGGUAUGCAGUGGGACUCGGAGAAAGAUGAGGUUUUGUUCCAACUUCAGUUACCCGAAAAGACGGCGACCAGCAAAGGGAUUCUAUCUUCGUUGACCAGCCUUUACGAUCCAAUGGGGUUCAUCGCUUCGUGGCUACUGACGGGCGAGAUUCUGCUGCAGGACUUGUGUAGAAAAGAGGUAACUUGGGAUGAGACCCUUUGCAAAGCGGAUCACAAGAUAUGGCAAGGCUGGUGGAUAAGCCUGUUCAAACUGGGCGAUAUACUGUAA